AUGGCUAUCCUCCCCACAAGUGCUCCGAGUACACCAAACAACACUACGACCUUUGCGCAGCCUCCGAAACCGGUGACAGCGAGAUUGCCGCUCAUCUUCAGGCGGUUGCAUCGUUUCCAGCAAAUGGACUUUGAGCUGGCAGCAUGGCAACUCACAUACCUGUGCCUUGCACCAAAGAGAGUGUAUCGGAACGUAUACUUUCAUAAACAAACCAAAAAUACUUGGGCAAGAGACGACCCUGCAAUAUUGGUGCUGAUUGGAGCCUGCUUGAUAGUGUCUGCCAUAGCAUGGUCAAUAGUAUGGUAUUACUCACCAUUGGAGGCCAUCCGAUUAGCCUUCUAUAUGAUAUUUAGAGAUUUUCUCUUUUUCGGUGUUGUAAUUGCUACCAUCAUUUGGCUCAUCUCCAAUGUUUUCCUAUUCUCGCCUCCUUCACAUGCCAACCCAGAGGACUCUGCCGUCGAGUGGGCGUAUGCCUUCGACGUGCACACGAACGCAUUCUUCCCUUUCUACUUAACAUUAUACCUUGCUCAGCUAUUUCUCGUGCCUAUUGUUCUUAAAGAUAAUUGGGUAUGCCUGUGGGUGGGCAAUACCCUGUAUUUAGCAGGCUUCGCUCAGUACAUGUAUGGCGUGUACCUUGGACUCAAUGCUCUUCCAUUUCUUGUGCGAACAGAGCUGCUAUUAUCACCCUUGCUACCGCUUUUUGUGGGGUAUAUUGUGUCGCUUUUGGGGUUCAACGUUGCAAAACAUGUACUAGCAAUAUACUUUGGCUAA